AUGGAAAGUCGUUCGAUACACUUCCUCCCGCCAAGUCUCGUCACGUGUGCAGUACUUCUCCUUUCUGUCGCCAGCCUGAUUUAUUAUUGGAGCUUGCGGCAUCGAGGCCGGCGGAGGGACAAGUUCCAUCUUGGGGAAGCCCCGGAGGAGGAGAAGAUCCCUCGUUCAAGUACAGAAAUCCGGCCCCUACUCGACCUCGAUGUCGCCUCGACCAACCCCCAUCCCUAUCGACCGUGGAAGUCCGGCAAGUUUGUCAUGUCCAUGGGAAUUCAACAGGUCAAGCAUGAGGAGUGGCUAUGGCUCGACAAUCGAUACUGGGAAGAGCAGGAGCUGCGAAGGCACUUGUUGGAGACGCAAAGAGAGGGAGUCUUUCAAAUGCUCCCCGGAUCUGAGGCGGCUUGUAGCGAGACCCUCCAGUUGAUUGUUGACUAUGUCACCAAACGCUUCCCUCAUCUCUUCUUUAUCAUGGAUGACAAACCAGACUACCUCCACAACAAGCUCACUGGUCUGACAUUCAAAAUCACGGAGCCGUAUGACAUGCCACCCCUGCAGAUUGCCGCCCAGCUGGUCAUGGAGGAUCUUAAUGUGCUGGCUCGCGGACAUGGUGGUGACCCCGACCAGUACUAUCUAGUAGCAAGCUUCAGCAUGGCACCGGCAGGCUGGCACCUGGAAGAGCGCAUUGGUUGGCCCCUGUGGAAGAUACACUCACCAGUACCGCUUUGGCAGGACACGAUUCGAAAAUCAGUGGAACGAUAUUUCCUCAAGAUGAAGCCUGACUGUCCGAUUGCACGACACAACUUCUUCAUCCAGACAAACGACGUGUUAUUCCAGCAAGACCCUUUCCUCACCGAACUGCCUGGACCGCCGAAAGUCGAAGAUAUUCGGCUGAGACACGAAAGACAGACAUUGAGAAGACUGCCCAAGACGGAGGCAAUUCUCUUCACGGUCAGAACAUAUAUGACACCUUUGCUGGAGCUACAGGACGACAUCGAGAGUGUGAGAGAGUUGCUGGGGGCGAUUCGAGCAAUGCCGCCGGAGAUGGCUAGGUAUAAAGGCUGGCCGAUGUGGGGGAAGGUCGUUGAAAGAUGGUGUGAACAACGUCUCCGAGGCGCAAAAAGGGAGCCGGUCAACGACCACGGAAAUGCAUUUCAGGUGGACGGUACCGCUUGA